UUCUAUCUUUUAUAAAGAAAGAAAAGAAAGAAAAGAAAAAGACGCGGGAAACAAUUGGGGGUUUAUAAAAGCUAGGGUUUGGACGAUGACUAAUAAUUGAACUCUCUCAAUUAAACCCUAAAAAUCAAAAUUUGAUGGCCAAUCAAGAAAUGGGAAGCGUUGGUAGCAUCAAUCUGAGGAAUGGUGAAUCCAUGGUGGAUCUAACGGGUCGGGUCCAUCAGCUACCAUGCUGUAUUAAGUUUACUGGGCCUUCCCCUGUUUCGCACUACUUCAAGCCCAAAUCCACGGAUGUUGAGGUUGAUGGUUUGAGUGUGAAUGAAGCGUAUUUUAGAGGAAGGAAGUUGCAGGGCACGACAAUGCCUCUUCCGCAAGGCUAUUCUGGAUUUGUCAUUGGAAAGAAAAAGGUAGGUAAGAGAAAAGCUUCUGACAAGUCUGAGGAAGAUUCAGGUUGCUGGGAGACGAAUGCAAAAUUUCAAAAUGUAACAUUCUGGAAUCAUGACAGUCUUCCAUCACAAGACGAUGCUUUCUUGCGAACUUUUCAUUGGCUUGCUGUUGCCAAAGCGCUGCACCAGCCAGUAACCACCGAAGAUUUGGAAUCUGCAUCAAUUAACCUGUAGCUGUAGUCAGUCAUAUACCGACUUGAAAUAGGAGUUGUAUUUCUUUUGAUGUAUUUGAUACAGGCAUUAAUCAAUUUCAAAUUAUAAAGCAUACUUCUUAUAUCUUUA